ACUAAUGGGGCCAGACUCUCUCUCUCUCUCUCGGUCGGUGUGUGAGCUUCUGUUUAUUUACCGCUGAGUGCGUCUGUCCCUCGGCCGGACUGAAGAGGAGAAACAGGAUGACAGCCCUCCAGAUUCUGUCUGUGUCUACACUGAUGUGUCAGAUGUCCAUCACUGCGUCUCUGCACUGGAGGAAAGCUCUGUUCCCAUCAGCCUUCAGAGUGAAGCGAGGGACGCCAGCGCUGCUCAACCCCACGUUUCAGAAAUCAGCGGAGGACGCCAGCCUUCUGUACGAGGUGUUGUGGUCAGGAGGGUACAUGGACGCAGUGAAUGGGACGCUCCACAUAUCCGAUCAGGAGCUGGCAUCCAUGCGGAAGCUAGAGGUUCUGGAGGUCCUGUGUGAGGACGUGCUUCCCAGAAGCCUCUCGGAGAUCCAGAGGCUCAGUGCUCAGCUGGAGCUGCGUCACGGAUCGCUGCGGAUGGACGACUUCGAGCGCACCGUCCUCACCAUGGUGUUCACCGCUCAGCAGCUCCCACACACCAGCCCCGGCCACCAGAGGGAGCUGUGGGUGAAUGCACUCCUGCGACUCUAUAAAGCCAUCAGAGGAGACCUGCGGCCGGAGUCCAAUAAAACUACAAAUGACUGACUCUCUCAUGUAUCAGUCUACUGCAGUGCUUCUCAGCCAGGGGCUGCAGGACUGUCUCAGCUCACAGGGAACGUUCUGGCAAGCUUCUCUGAAAGUUAUGAACAGCAGCAUUAAUGGAGCAUUUGUUCAGAGUUAUCUGCUCUUUAAUACGAUUAUCAAAACAUUGGCACAUUUGUUGUUUAUGGACAUUUUCUGAAACAGUUUAGUUUUAAACAUGACUAGUUUCAGCUGUUUGAGAGAACGAUCAAAAGUAACAUUACCAUAAUGUUUGCAAAAUGAUAAAAUACAACGUUCCCUUAAUCUUUUCUCUAAUGUUCACAUAACCAAGAAAAAAUGUUAUGUUAUGUUAUGUUAUGAUGUUAUGAACGUUGAGAGAAUAUGAGAGUGUUUUUAAUAACUAAUCCAGGAACAUAUUUUUAUAUAUUCUGGUCGCAGAUAUCAGAGGAAAAACAAAUCCAAAUAAAAAAAAU